AUGGCUCGCGCGCCUGUCAUCUCUGUUUGCCAUGGCGGCGGUCCUAUGCCUUUGCUCAAUGAUCCUGGACACAAAGAUCUCAUCCAGUCCAUGACUACUAAACUUCCCAAGGUCUUGGGUUUAGGAACGGAUGCUGCUCCCAAGGCCAUUGUCUUGGUUACUGCACAUUGGAGCGAGCGAGUCCCUACCAUAUCCAGCGGCAAGACGCCAAAAUUACUCUAUGACUAUGGCGGAUUCCCACCAGAGUCGUACCAAAUCAAGUACGACGCCCCCGGAAGUCCAGAGAUUGCGAAACUUGUCGCAGAUACAUUGAGAGGCGCGGGCUUCCAACCAGAACUCAACGAAGAACGUGGCUGGGACCACGGCGUCUUCGUCCCCAUGAAACUAAUCAACCCCGCAGCCAACAUCCCCAUAAUCCAACUCGCCGUCCUCGCCUCCAUGUCCGCGCCCUCACACUUCGCACUUGGCCGCGCUCUCGCCCCCCUCCGCGACCAGAAUAUUGCUAUCCUCGGCUCCGGCAUGCCGUCCUUCCACAACUUGCGUCUCAUGUUCUCGGGGGAGAUCAGCAAACCGGCGUUUUUGGCUAGGAAUAAGGAGUGGAGUGAGAAAUUGACGGAGACGAUGGGUAUUGUAGGGGAGGAGGAGAGAGGGAAAGCGUUGGAGCGAUGGAGGGAGUGGACGGGGGCGUGGGAGGCGCAUCCGAAGGGGGGUGAGGAACAUUUUAUGCCGUUGGUUGUUUGUGCGGGGGCGGCGGGAGGGGGGAGGGUGGAGACGAUUAAGGAUGAGGUGUUGGGGACGGAACAGGUUACUUAUUAUUGGAAGUAG